CAAUCAGAAGACAUAAUAGAUUUAGAAGAUUACUAUCGACGCAGAUCUAGCCGCUCCGAAACCAAAGAUAUCUUUGACAUUGACAACAUCGCUUGCUCAAAAUGUGGUAACAAGAGAACCAGUCUAUGGUGUAAUGACUGCGAAAGACGCUACUUUAAAUUAGCCUUCUCUACCUGGACAAGCGGAAACAAGCUCGUAGAUAAAUUUGUGCAGGACAUUCAAAUAAACGCACAAUCUUGUGCACAGUAUAUCGAAUGGAUACCAUUCGAUCGAUUGACGAUAAUUAGCUAUGUGGCAAGCGGCGGCUCGGCCCGGACGUUUCUAGCUAAAUGGAAAGAUGGGCCGUUGUGGAAAUUUGACAAGAAGACCGGAAGGAGAGUGAGAAGUGGGCCUAGAAACGUGAUUGUAAAACAGAUAAAAAAUGGUGUUGAACUUACCAGUGAAUACUUGAACGAGUUAAAGUCUUACUUCAAGUGUGUGAGUUGGGACGAUCAUCUUCUUCACUACUUUGGUAUAACAAGAGAUCCAUCAACUGAAGAAUAUGCAGUGGUUGUAGAAUAUGCAAAGCUUGGCAGUUUACUAGAUUACCUCUACAAAGACACUAACCUCACAUGGUCACGCAGGCUAUCCAUACUUAAUGACAUUGCACUAGGACUAUACAACAUACACGCCAAAAACGUAAUACACGGCGACAUUCACAGCGGCAAUGUUCUCAUCUACGAUAGCAAGAAAUCCCGCAAGGGUAACGGCGACAUCUACACCGUAAUAUCAGACCUCGGGCUCAGUCGAUCGAUAUUGCGCAGCCCAUUUUCAUUAGACCAAGUAUACGGGAUCCUUCCCUACAUUGCACCCGAGAUUCUCAUCGGCGGCGACCAGACCAUCUCAUCCGACAUUUACUCUUUCGGCCAUAUAAUGUACGUGCUGUCUACGGGUCGACAGCCGUUCGCCGAUUAUCUUUACGAUAAGAGUCGGUUAGCGCUCAGUAUCUGCGGUGGGCUUCGUCCUAAUAUUCCGGCAGAUACGCCGGCGGAUUAUGCGAUAUUGAUGAGGCAGUGUUGGGAUGCCGAGCCGAGUAGGCGGCCGGAUGCUUUUGACUUGGUGACUAGAAUUGGGACUAUCAGGAGGACAUUGUCGGCUGAUGAGGUUGUGAGGAGGUUGGUGAGAAAAGGGAGGACUAGCAGAGUUGAUGAGAUUGAUGAUGGUUGUAAGAGUAGUUGGGUGGAUGUGUCUACAUUGAGAGGGACAAUAACGCUGAGAG